UCACUUGUCAACUGACUUAUCCUGACCAGAAUUCAUCACUUAUCAGCCUCACAUUAUUAUUUCUUCUUCUUCGUCUUCAUCUUCAUCUUCAUCUUCUUUAACAACGCAAUAUAGGCAAUGAAUCCUUUUACAAUGUUGCCGGAGGGCUGCAUAUCGGAGAUAAUUUCAUUCACAACUCCGGUAGACACCAUUAGAUCAUCGGUUAUAUCGAGAGGAUUCAAAGCUGCAGCGGAAUCUGAUAUCGUAUGGGAUAAAUUUCUACCGUCCGAUCAUCAAAAUAUAGUUUCCAGAUCAGUUUCUCCAAUACUUUUUGACAACAAAGAGGACCUUUACUUUAGACUCUCUGAGUCUCCUAUCCUUCUCGAUGAGGGUAAAAUGCAGAGUUUUUGGCUUGACAAAACAAAUGGGAAGAAAUGUUAUCUAUUGUCUUCAAGACAAUUGACAAUUUCUUUUUCAGACACUGAAUUAUUCUGGGAACACACAUUUGAUGCAGAUUCAAGAUAUCCGAGGCAAGAUUGGAACUCGAGGUACCAUGGCCUUGAAUUGACAAAUGCAAUGGUUAGAUUUGUUAGUCAAGAGAACGAAGACGAGGCUGAAGAACGAGCUACUAUUGUUAUACUGGCAGCAAGAGCGCCGAGGAAUUUGAAAGGAAAGUUACCAGAAAAAAGAACUGAUGGAUGGCUUGAAGUAGAAAUUGGAAAGUUUUACAAUGGUGAAUCAGGUGACGAUAAUGGUGAUGUUGAAGCAAGAUUGUUGGAUUCUAGGCCUUUUCAUGCUAAAGUUGGUCUUAUAAUCGAAGGCAUUGAGUUUCGUCCAAUAUGAUAAGGAUUCAGGAUUUAGAGUUUAUCAGUUCUACCACGAACUCACAAGUCAAUAUAAUACAAUAGUAAUUUAGUUUGUCGUCAAUUAUGCUCACGAACAUGUUAGUAUAGUGCAAAUUUCAUGACUCGGUUAUA